CUGGCUCCUCCCAGAAAGACGGAGCUAGAGGAAUGAGUAGGGGAGAGAAUUUGUACCUUCUCCCCUUUCCCCGACUCCCCAGGGCCCAUGGGCAAGACAGCAAGCAACAGGUUCCCACUGGCUGGUGGGACAGGAAGUGAGAAAGGGAGGGGAUGGGGAAGAAGGACAGACGCUGCCCUUGGACCAACACGCCCCAUAGGCUCCAGGUGCAUCAGCACUUUGUGAGAGGAUCUGGAAUAAGGGAAGGAGCCCUCUUCCCCAGGAAGCCCCUCUUCUCCCACCACCUUCAAACCACCUUAGGUCAUUAAAGGAGUUCAGAAGGCAGGUUCCGGUCUGGCCACGAGGAAAUUCAGCUGAAUAGAUCUGUGGAUCUGGAACGCUGCAGCCCAGCACCUUCAGCCAGCGACUGUGGACUUGGACUUUCCCGUCUUCCUCUGUAACUCCCCUAACUCUGUGCCUCCCCUCCGUCCAUGUGGCUUUUGGAGAAAGCUGGCUACAAGGGAGAGAGGGUAGAGCCUGGGACACCAUGGAGGCCCCAUAUCUUAUUCCCCAGGAGAAAGCCCCCUGGGACUUCCUCUUCUGCUUACCCCAAUGUCUUAACCCCAGACCGAAUACCACAGUUUUUUAUCCCCCCCAGGCUCCCAGACAUGGGGGGCUCUGAACCCGGGACAGAGAGAGAAACAGGCUGGACUAGGGGGCCAGAACUCCAAGGAGCCUGCUCCCUGCCCCAUCUGGCUGGACGGGAAGGCUGGUCCUUUCUUCUGGAGAGCCCCCAUACUCGGCGCCGAGAGUCCCUUUUCCAUAUGGCCCCAGUGACCUCUGCCUCGGAGGGACCCCCACCCAAGUCCCGACUGCACCUCUCAAGUCCGGAUCUGCGCCUCUGCUUGGCCCUGGAGAGUGACAUGGCCUCCUCACCUGACUCUUCACCCUUCAGCUCACCCCAACCAGGUCCUGCCCGACCCCACCUAGGCUCACCCAAGCUGCUUCUCACCAGACCUGGCUUCCUAUCCCCUGUAGAGGAGGGCUCGGCCGAUGCCAGUCCCCAUGCUGCCCACCACUUAGGUCCCCCAACACCACCCCUCUUCCACCUGGACUUUCUGUGCUGUCAGCUACAGGUGACUAAAGAGAGUGUAGUGAGCCUGGAACCCCGGGGUGGGCAGCUGAGAUUGUCCUCUGAGUACCAGACAGGCUUGGGUCAGCUGCGGCUACGGCUCAUCAGUGCUGAAGGGUUGCCCAGGGGCCGAGUAGAACCCAAGGGAAGCAGUGGCUGCUGUAUCAUAUUUCGGCUAAGGCCAGGGAGUUGGCCACAGGGACGGAGCAGGGUGGUAAAAUGUAGUUCCAACCCCAUCUUCAAUGAGGACUUCUUCUUUGAGGGACUUAAGCCCUCUGACCUGGCCACCCACAGUCUGAAGGCCAAGGUGCUGGACAAGGGAGCUGGCCUGCGGAGGGAUGUGUUGCUGGGAGAAUGUGAGGCUCCGCUUGUCAGCCUCCUCCCUGCCUAGGGGGCUAGGGUGGAGUGGGAGUAGGCCCUGUGCCCAGGUUCAGACAAGAACAUGGGAAAUGGGGCCUCUUUGGGGGGUCCAGAGAGAAGAACGGCCUCCCUGGUGCCUCCCUUCCUCUCCAUCACCAUGACUUUACCGGACAUAGGUCUUUCCCUAGACCUGCCUCGAGGGUGUCCUAGCUCUGUCCUUAAUCUGUCCAUCUGUUCAUUUGUCAUGAAAUCUAUUUAUUUUUGUUAAUAAAAUGUUGGUUAAACCCUCA